AUGUGCCUGAGCACCUCCAGCCAGGUCGAUGUUCCAUCCUUGUCAGCAGCCCUGGUCUCUGACUCACUUGCUGGUCUGCAGCUCACUUCACUUCCAACAGUAAGCCAACACCUGAAUAAGCUGCUACUGCGACUCGACUUCAAUCAUUUCUACAGUCUAGCCGGGGGUAUUCUCGGAUCCAUACACAAGACAAGUACGCCGUUAAGUGAGGAUUUAUAG